CUGGUUCGGGCUAAAAUGAAAAUCUGAAUUCUUCGUGUUCGCUCCCUCUCCUCAGAUUCCCCGAUGACCGGAAUCCCCAAAAUCCUAAACCUUUGAACCGAUAAAUCCCUCCUAUUUCUUCUCCAUUCCGAUCACAUUACCAAAUCGUUUCAUUUUCCGUUCAUCAGAUCCAUUUAUUAACUGUUCGAUUCCGCCCCCUGAUGUGAUCAUAUCGUCUGACGGAACGUUGUCGGGAGGCUCAUCAAUUCGCUUACCGCCGGGACCUUACAAAUGACUACCAGGGAGGGUCUGCUUACAACUUCAAAUUUAUAAAAGGUCUGAUAGAUUUGCCUAAGUGGUGAGGAACAGAGAGUGGAGUAGAUGUUACUCUUCUGUUUGUAGAUCUGCAUAAUUUUAACUUCAGAAGAUAGGAUAAAUUUGUGAUCUCUAAGCUGAUUUUGGGUCACAGAAAAAGGGGGCCUGGAAUCCUGAAGGCUGUUCAUUGUUAACAUGGCCCCAUAGAGUGAAGGUCCACUUAGGUUAGGAGGAAAAUGGCUUUUGUUUCUGAAGAAGAGAAAACUGAGGAUUACCUGUUCAAGAUUGUUUUAGUUGGUGAUUCAGCUGUUGGGAAAUCAAAUUUGCUUGCAAGAUUUGCUAGGGAUGAGUUCUACCCCAAUUCAAAGUCAACUAUAGGAGUAGAGUUCCAAACACAAAAAAUGGAUAUAAAUGGAAAGGAAAUUAAGGCACAAAUCUGGGACACAGCAGGUCAGGAGCGUUUCAGGGCUGUUACAUCUGCAUAUUAUCGUGGUGCAGUUGGAGCUCUCCUGGUGUAUGACAUCAGUAGACGUCAGACUUUUGAUAGCAUUGGCAGAUGGCUUAAUGAACUUCAUACUCACUCUGACAUGAAUGUAGUUACCAUACUAGUUGGCAACAAGACGGAUCUCAAGGAUGCCAGGGAAGUACCCACUGCUGAAGGCAAGGCCUUGGCAGAGGCACAGGGUUUGUUUUUCAUGGAAACUUCAGCCCUGGAUUCCUCCAAUGUAGCAGCGGCCUUUCAAACGGUUGUUAAGGAGAUUUACAACAUUUUAAGCAGGAAGGUAAUGAUAACUCAAGAAUUCAAGAAUAAAGACGCUGCUGCUCUGGGGGAAGGGAAGACUGUGGUUUUACAGGGAGAGGGAAAUAAUAAAGAAGCCCUUGAUGAAGAGCCUAAAAAAUUUGGUUGUUGUUCUUCAUAAUGCUCCAGAGUGCAGACACACUGCUCUGCUUGAGGCCAUUUUCCAUUUCUCUCCAGCUUUUGCAGCAUAAGUUUUCCCAUAUUAUUCUUUCUCUUCUCCAUAUCUUCAUUUCUUGAUACAGUCGAGAAGUUUAUUUAAGUAGUGUUUGUUUCUACAAGUUCACGGUUAUGAUGGUGAAGAAGACACAGUAGCCAGGGUAAAUGAACCCAAGGAGAUUUAAGGGUAAACGAAAUCACAUGUUCCAAUUUUGAAAUAUGCUCUCUUCCAUCUGUAGUGUUUAGCCGUAGUAAAUAUUGAAUGUUUCCUUAUCAACUGUUGUUCGCUGCACCAAUGCAUUUCUAGUGGACUUCUAUGAUAUCCAUAUGAUCUAUCAUGUUGUUUGUCGUAUUCCCACGAGUUGUUACUAAUACUACCAUAUAAAUAAAACGAGGUAUA